AAACCCUGCACCCUCUGCGGCAUCCCUCGCCCAGUCCUCGUGCGCUGCAAAAUAGACGAGACCGCAAAAUGGCACAUGGUCUGUCCCGGAAAAUGCUGGAUCAGUGUCUCAGGCGGCCAAGAAGACGCUCGAGGCCAUGAAGCAGAACAUCCGUUUUACAAGUACGGCGGGAUGUGGAAGAAUAAACAUGCCGAUGGACCCGUGAGUGCGAAGAAGCCUGCCAAGGUGAAGAGACGGCAGAAGGAGGGGAGGAAUGGGAAGAAGGGAGGU